CAAAUUCCUGAGCUCAAGCGAUCCAGCCACAUCGGCCUUCCAAAGUGCUGAGAUUACAGGCAUGAGCCACCACACCCAGCCCAGUGUUUCCAUUUUAUAAUAGAAUUUAUUGGUCAAGUAUUGUAUUACAUUUUUCUUUUAAGAAUAUUCUUUAGAUAUUUUUUGGAAAGUACAUUUUAUUGUAGAACACAUGUUAUAACCAAUCCACUGUUGUCAGCAAUAUGUCGGAAAUACAGCAAUUAACUUGAAACUUAUUACAAGUAGCCUUAGCAAUAUAAUCAGGGUUACCAUUUGAACCCGUUUUGGAAAUUACAUUCAUCUGGUCCUGUGCCCUUUUUACUUGCAGUUGUCCAACCAAAAUCUAGUACUUUGCUAUUCAGAAGUGUGUGGGGACCAGCAGCAUCAGCAUCUCAGGUCCUGCCCCAGGCUAAUGACUUAGAGCCUGCAUUUGACAAAACCACCCACCCCCAGAAAACAUCUGGAGAAAAUGACCCAUUGGUUUCAUAGGAACCCAUUAAAAGCCACAGCUCCUGUGUCUUUUAAUUACUAUGGUGUAGUCACUGGCCCUUCUGCUUCAAAAAUAUGCAAUGACUUGAGGUCAUCCAGGGCACGACUCCUUGAACUGUUCACUGAUUUGAGCUGUAAUCCAGAAAUGAUGAAGAACGCAGCAGAUUCAUAUUUUUCACUUUUACAAGGUUUCAUAAAUUCUUUGGAUGAAUCUACCCAAGAAAGCAAGUUACGAUAUAUUCAAAAUUUCAAGUGGACUGAUACGUUACAAGGACAGGUUCCAAGUGCCCAGCAGGAUGCUGUUUUUGAAUUAAUUUCCAUGGGAUUUAAUGUAGCUUUAUGGUAUACCAAAUAUGCUUCAAGACUGGCUGGAAAAGAAAAUAUAACAGAAGAUGAAGCAAAAGAAGUUCAUCGAAGCCUAAAGAUUGCAGCUGGGAUUUUUAAACAUUUAAAGGAAAGUCAUACCCCAAAACUCAUUACACCUGCAGAAAAAGGAAGAGAUUUAGAGUCACGACUCAUAGAAGCAUACGUUAUUCAAUGUCAGGCUGAAGCUCAAGAAGUAACAAUUGCUCGAGCAAUUGAACUAAAACAUGCUCCUGGACUAAUUGCUGCACUGGCGUAUGAAACAGCCAAUUUCUAUCAAAAAGCUGAUCAUACUUUAUCCAGUUUGGAGCCUGCAUAUUCUGCCAAAUGGAGAAAAUAUCUUCACUUGAAGAUGUGUUUCUACACAGCUUAUGCUUACUGUUACCAUGGUGAGACCUUAUUGGCUAGUGAUAAGUGCGGUGAAGCAAUCAGGUCUCUCCAAGAAGCAGAAAAAUUGUAUGCAAAGGCAGAAGCACUGUGUAAAGAAUAUGGAGAAACCAAAGGACCUGGACCAACAGUCAAACCUUCAGGACAUCUAUUCUUUUGGAAACUUGGAAACCUUGUGAAGAACACCUUAGAAAAAUGUCAGAGAGAAAAUGGAUUUAUUUACUUUCAAAAAAUUCCAACAGAAGCCCCACAGCUGGAACUCAAAGCAAAUUAUGGUCUCGUAGAGCCUGUACCUUUCGAAUUUCCUCCUACAAGCGCUCAGUGGACACCAGAAACAUUGGCUGCAUUUGAUCUCACCAAAAGACCCAAGGAUGACAGUACUAAACCCAAACCAGAAGAAGAAGUGAAACCCGUGAAAGAACCAGAUAUCAAACCUCAAAAGGACACUGGGUGCUACAUCUCCUAAAAUACUCCUGAAAUACAGUUUGCACUUAGAAUUUCUCUAACAGGAGAUAAGAUAAACCACAGAAUUUCAGUUCUUAUUUCUCAAAAUGAUUUCUCUGAAGCUUGUAGAAUAACUAUUACAUUCAGAGAGUUAUCUGCCUUCAGCUUACUUGUUCUUGAUUUUUAAUACAGUGGAGAUGUUUCUUGCUUUGUUUUCAGCCUCUCCUUUUUAAUCAGGACAACAUUUGAAAGAUUUUAUUGUGCCUCUAAAGGGUAUAUUUGGGGGUUGGGUCUUUUUAUUAAACUCUGGAUAGUAAUAAGUUUCAGGUCAAUAUAGGCCCAGAUCAUGUGGUUUCAGGUAUGUUUUUUUCUUUUUUUUUUUUUUGUUUUUUUGAGGCAGAGUCUCCCUCUGUUGCCCAGGCUGGAGUGCAGGGGCACGAUCUUGGCUCACUGCAACCCUCCGCCUCCUGGAUUGAAGUGAUUCUCCUGCCUCAGCCUCCCUAGUAGCUGGGAUUACAGGCACGUACCACCACACCCAGAUAAUUUUUGUAUUUUUAGUAGAGACGUGAUUUCACCAUGUUGUCCAGGCUAGUCUCGAACUCCUGACCUCAGCUGAUCUGCCCGCCUAGGCCUCCCAAAGUGCUGGGAUUACAGGCAUGAGCCACUGCGCCUGGCCUCAGAUAUGUUUUUCUAUCUACACACAAAAAAAUUUAUUUUCCUUCCUCUUGAUAUCAGAAUAAUGACAGGAAUCAGUUUUUAACAGAGAUAGUUUCUCCAUUUCUCCAUUGUGUUAAUCAGAGCACAGACUUACAUCCUCAGUCAUUUAUCUUUUCUGGUGGGGGAUAAAAAGUCACUUAAAGAUGAGAAAAUUAUCACACCAAAUCCUUUACAUAUGUUAGAAUCAAUAAUUUACUAAAAAAUCAGUUUUUAUAGGUAUGUUGGGACCUUAUCCAAGAACUUAUCCCUGUUCCAGUAGCCCUGUGCUUCAUUCAGUAUCAGUAACCCUGCAAUGAUUUUUACAAAUAUCUUUUCUAGUGGGUUUUUUACUUAGAGGACAGAACUUUGUAAUAGCUCUUAAUGUUUAUAUAUAAGAGAAGACAGAAUGGAAAAUGUUUUUUGAAGUCAAAUAUUGCAUGAUGUAAAGAAAAAACUUUAAACUUAAAUGAGUAGGUUGUCCUGAAUUACACUGGUAACUCUACUUCUUUAUUAAAGAAGUUGUAGUAAGAUGCCUUUGUUACCUGAUUUCAGUGUACAUUGUUUUUAUGUGGUUUUCUGAUAAUGUCCUGUCAGAAUUGUAUUGGUUUAGGCCAAAGGCCAUAGCAAAAACAGAGAGCAAAUAUAGAUACAAUAUGAUCUUAAAAAUAGAUUGUAACAUUUUAAACAAUUAGUUUAGUAAUUUGGGAAAUAGUGGAUGCAUAAUACUUUAACAGAAGUCACACAUCUGUAGGUUUAUCUUUUGAUUAUUCUCCUGGGUCAUUAGAUAAUUUUUCUAUUAUAAGUGACAGAUUGAUUCACUUAAUAUAAAUAAUACAAGUAGCAUACACUAAAAGCUUACUGUGUGCCAGAUACUGUGCUGGACACCUACAUAGAUAAGCUAUUGAAUCCACAAAGCAGCCCUGCGAGAAAUAAAUAAAAUCUGCAUAAAGUGUUGAAAUAGGAAUACGCAUUUCAUUAUGAAAAAUGAGUAAUUAUGCCAAUCUGAAUCAAUAUAGCAUUCAAAUAAGUGAUUACUUAAAUCAUAUAUCAUAGUUUACACUCCUUAAAAAAAGGUACAUAAAUUCAGUGAGGUUUUUUCCUUAACAUAUAGAAAUACUAAAUACUGCUUGCAACAUAGUAAUAAUAUUUGAAGCUGUAGUUUCCGGAUUAAGUGGAGUAAUAAGGCAUUUAAUUUUAUUUCAGUAUCUAUGGAAAAAAUACUUCAUUACAUCUCACUCUAUUUUAUGUUGUCUUUAUUACAGAAUCACUUGUCUGUUUGUUGUGUGCCACUUACUGACAAAACUUUAAACAGUACUUGAUGCCAGCUCUUUACUCUCUGGCUGUGGGACCUGUUUCUCUUAGGUACUUGUGCUUAUUAAUCUACUUACUAAAUUUUCACAUUGACAAUUUUGGGAAUGAUACUACCAUAUCUGAAAUGGAAAAUGUAAUAUGCUUAGUACUUCUGUAAAAUACAGCAAUACUAGUAUUACUUUACAUCAGUAGGCAUCUUUGACGUGAGCAGAUAAAUAUUUUGUUGACUCAGCAAAGGUAACACUUUGUGACUAAAAUAUCCCAUUAUAUAUAAUGUUUUUUGAAAUGUUUGAAAUUUUGGGAAAUUAUCACAUAUCUAGAAGUUGCAUGAAGGUUAUAGAGAGAUGUAACUAUUUGUUAACUAUUACAUGGAUUUCAUACUUGGCAGUGACAACUAACGUUACUUCAGCUAAAAGUGUAUAAUGGGUUAUCUUUUUAUUUAUGAAAAUAAAAGUAAUUUUACUUACAA